UCAUAUGUAGCCGAAGCCGCGGCCCCGGAGAGACAGACGAGGAAACAACGCCACACACUGACACUACUAGACAACGUUACUUUGAAACCUGUGAUAAUGUCUCCGUGCAUGUGUGCCCACAAUUUCAUUCCUUGAGGCUCUACAUUUCUAACCCACACGGACAUUUGGUUGAAAAGGAGACGUAUUACAGACGACGGUACUAGCCUUGCCUUUCCAGCCUGCCAACUGAGAAGACUUUCCACCCCUUGCCCUUGAUUGCUUUAUCAAAUGCCCAAAAACAGCAAGGCCGUCAAGAGAGAGCUUGACGACGAUGUCACAGAGUCUGCCAGAGACCUGCUUUCCAACGAGGACGCCUGCGAUGAUUCCUUCAAGAAGAGCUCGCUGAUCGUCAACAACCUCAAUGGGGAAGGGAAAGACUGCGACGUGGAGGAAGGGGGUUCAGAUGGAGAGGAGGAGGAGCGGCCAGCCUGGAACAGUAAACUCCAGUACAUCCUGGCCCAGGUUGGCUUCUCUGUAGGCCUGGGAAACGUCUGGAGGUUCCCCUACCUGUGCCAGAAGAACGGAGGGGGGGCGUACCUGGUGCCCUAUCUCAUCCUGCUGAUAUUGAUUGGCAUUCCACUGUUCUUCCUGGAGCUCGCUGUGGGACAACGGAUCCGCAGGGGCAGCAUUGGGGUGUGGAACUACAUCAGCCCUCGGCUGGGGGGCAUCGGUUUCGCCAGCUGCGUGGUGUGCUUCUUUGUGGCUCUCUACUACAAUGUCAUCAUCAGCUGGAGUCUCUUCUACUUAUCCCAGUCCUUCCAGCAACCUCUGCCAUGGCACGAGUGUCCACUUAUCAAGAACAAUACCAGUCCAUACGUGGUGCUGGAGUGUGCCAAGAGCUCAGCCACCACCUACUAUUGGUACCGCAAGGCCUUGGAUAUCUCCGACAGCAUCUCCGAUAGUGGAGGACUCAACUGGAAAAUGACUCUGUGCCUGCUGGCUGCCUGGUCCAUGGUUUGCCUCACCAUGAUCAAGGGAAUCCAGUCUUCUGGGAAGGUGAUGUACUUCAGCUCCCUGUUCCCGUAUGUCGUGUUGAUUUGCUUCUUGGUUCGGGCUCUGCUGCUGAAGGGCUCCAUUGACGGAAUCCGCCACAUGUUCACACCCAAGUUGGAGAUCAUGCUGGAACCUAAGGUGUGGCGAGAAGCAGCCACACAGGUCUUCUUCGCUCUGGGUCUCGGCUUUGGCGGUGUCAUUGCGUUCUCCAGCUACAACAAGCGGGACAACAACUGCCACUUUGAUGCCGUCUUGGUGUCUUUUAUUAACUUCUUCACCUCAGUGCUGGCCACUCUGGUGGUGUUUGCUGUGCUGGGCUUCAAAGCCAACAUCAUGAUCGGCGAUUGUGUCCAAAAGAAUACCAUUAAGAUUGUGGCUUUGUUGGCUAAUGGCACCUUGGAAAACAGCCUGAUCCCCCACCACAUCAACCUGACUCAGGUUAAUAACGUUACUGCUGAGGACUACCAUCACAUGAUCAACAUCAUCAAUGAGGUCGGGUACAACAACCUGGGACUGGAUAACUGCAGCAUUGAGGUCGAGCUUAAUAAGUCAGUCCAAGGCACAGGCUUGGCCUUCAUUGCCUUCACAGAGGCCAUGACCCACUUCCCAGCCUCGCCUUUCUGGUCCGUCAUGUUCUUCCUCAUGCUGGUUAACCUUGGCCUUGGCAGCAUGUUCGGCACCAUGGAGGGCAUACUCACUCCGCUGAUAGACACCUUCAAAGUCCGCAAGGAGUUUCUUACAGUGGGGUGCUGUGUGUUGACUUUCUCCAUCGGUCUGCUGUUUGUUCAGCGCUCAGGGAACUACUUCGUAACCAUGUUCGACGACUACUCGGCCACUUUGCCUCUGCUCAUAGUGGUCAUUCUUGAGAAUGUGGCAAUUGCUUGGGUUUAUGGGAUUGACAAAUUCUUUGAAGACCUAAAGGACAUGUUGGGCUUUACACCGUACCGUUUCUACUACUACAUGUGGAAGUACAUCACACCCAUCCUGCUGCUGGUCCUGCUGUGCUCCAGCUUGAUCCAGCUGGCCCUGACGCCACCCAGCUACAGUGCCUGGAUAGAGAAGGAGGCCCAAGAGCAGAAGGUGAACUUCCCUCUGUGGGGCAUCGUUGUCUGCAUUUCCCUGGUGGUGAUGGCCAUCAUGCCUGUGCCUGUCGUCUUCUGCCUGCGCUACUUCAACAUCAUUGACGAGAACACCAGCGGCUUCUCCACGGUUUCCUACAAGAAGGCCCAUAUCAUCAAGGAGAGCGCCCGACCGGGUGAGGAUGACGAUGCUAGCCUGAUCCACGGCAAGUCCCCCAGUGAGGCACCUUCACCAAUGCCGGGCAACCGUAUCUACCACAAGCAGAUCGGCGGUGGACCCGAUGCAGACACCGCACCCAACGGCCGUUAUGGUAUUGGUUACUUGAUGACCGACAUGCCGGAUACACCCGAGUCAGACUUGUAAACUGACUGUAACAGUUCGUUCUCUCUGGCUAUACCGGCUGGCCCCUCCCUGUCCACCCCUCUGCGUGCGUUUAGUUGGCUGUAUCAUCAAUGGAUAUUUCACCUGUAUUGUAGAUAUCGUAGCUGCUCUCCCUUUGUUGUCUCUGAACCUUACAUGAUUGUCUACUUUAAAACAGAUAGUUCAGGUUUUUUCAAGUGGAGUUGUGUGAGGAACUGACACAGGCUACCAUACCCUUAGUAUGGUUCAUUUGGAUCGGUGCGAAUGUGGUCCAAGACCUCUGAUGUGGACCAAACAAUUGAACUCUGGUCUGCUUGAAAGAGAUUGUCUCGUAGUAUUAAUGGCUACAGUCUCAGUGUUCUCAUCCAAAACCCUAACCCGUUAGUAAGAGGGGAGAACCAUCCUACUGCCCACUGAUUCUCACCCGUGGGCAGUAGGAUGAGGACGAGGGUAACAUCUGCGGCUCAGGACCCUCCUGUCUACGGGGCAGGAAACAGCAGCAGGCGCUCCAGGCUUAGAAUGCUAGCUAUAACUAAAUGCAUAAGUGUACCUAAGGAGGGGGAAGACGUGGCACCUCACAGACCUGGACGAUAGACGCCGUUUAACGGCAUAUAUCCUCUGCCUCUGUUCUGACUUUAUAGUGGUUCUCUCCACUCCUCACUGGGGAAUGUGGAUGAGAACACUUAGGCUGUAGCCGCUCCACCACACGCCUUCAGGGGGUGCUGCGCAUCACCAGAGCAGCAGGGCACAACCUCGAGUCUACAUACAGUAUCUGACCUGAGCAGUAUUUUCGAUCACCCGACAACUUAUAGCGAUAAGAUUUUCCCAUGUGAACGUGAACCGAACCAGCUGAAAAAUAAACAUAGUAUCAAAUUUAGGGCUGAAACUCACGAGUAUUUACAUAGUCGAUCAUAAUCUCAAUUAAUCGAGUAAUUGCUUGGUCCAGAAAAUGCAGAUUGUCGUUUCGCAAUAUGGAGCAAAGAAAGAAAACACUCAAAUACACCAAAAUCAAAAGAGUACGAAUAGACGAUUAAUUUAGUAAUGAAGUGAUUAAUAAUAGAUUAAUCGAGUAACUGUUUCAGGUAUAAUCAAAUUUCAGGUGCAGACCAACAAAACAAAUGGUCUCCAAACAUGGCUGCCAGGGGUAACACAAGGAGAAUGGACGUUAUCUAUUUAACAAAAUGUCUAAAAAAAAUCUACACCUGCUCAAGUAUACAAUAUCUUGAUGUUCACUGAUGCCCAAUGGUGAGAUAAAGGGGCAAGUGUAAUAUAACGUAGACCUGAGCAGGCGGAGGUUAUACGAGGUGAACCUUCAGCUAAGGGACUGAAAUGUGUUUUUCGUUGUGUCCCUGUGAGCAAGCCUCCGUGUCUCAAGCAGGUUCUUGUGCGAGUACCUCAUAUAACGACACUUAAAAAGCCUGAACUACCCCUUUCAAAAAGGUUUGGGAUUAAACAUUGUCCCUGUGUGUUGGCUGUGUCCCAAACUCAUCUCCGUCUCCUGCUCCCCUCAGAUCCCCCCCCCCCCCCCCACACACACUCUUUGAAGCUUUGGCAGGAGGGAAACGUUGGGUGUCAGAUGUUCCACCGUUUGUACUUUAAUAAGGAUCUGCAAAGGAGCAGGUCAGAGGGUCAGGUCAUUUUGGGACCGUGCCAGUGUCUGUGGGCAGUGUGUAAAUCCUGGAGUAAAGCCACACAACACUGAGCAGCUUCUUUACAUGAUUGUUUGAGUGUGCCUACGUCAUUUAUAUUUGUUUAUAGAAUACAUGAUGGACUCUGUAUAUUUAAGGUAUUCUGUAAAUAUAAUAUAAAUAUUAUAAAUAUAUUUAUCUUGAUAGUUUGGAUAACGGAGCACCGUGUUUUUAAAAAGGUUCAGAUGUACAUCAAACUCUCCUUAACUCUCCUUUCUGUUGUUUUUUUUACUAAUGUGCUGUUGAUGUUUGUGAGGACUAAGUCCUCCUCUGUGUAAAUAAUUUUUUUCCAUGAAAUGGCUUCAAAUGCAAUGUCUUUUUCCCACCCCUGUCAAAAUUAAAGAUCAAAUAUGGUCUAUGCCGUGAAACAAA